AUGAAGAUCUCACUCGGCGCCUUGGCUCUGGGCCUCGUGUCCGCGCCCGGCGUUGUCGCCUGGGGCAGCCUGGGACACAUCGCGACGGCGUACGUGGCGAGCCGCUUCGUAUCCAACUCGACCGAGGCCUACUUUAAGCAGCUCCUGCGCAACGACGGCGACGACUACCUCGGCAGCGUCGCCUCGUGGGCCGACUCGAUCCGUUACACCAAAUGGGGCCGCUUCACCAAGACGUUCCACUUCAUCGACGCGCACGACGACCCGCCGCGAUCGUGCAACGUCGACUUUAAGCGCGACUGCAAGGAGACGGGCUGCGUCAUCAACGCGCUUGCCAACUACACGAGCCAGUCACUCGACCGCCAGCUGCCCGCCUGGCUGCGCGCGCAGGCCGCCAAGUUCGUCGUCCACUUCGUCGGCGACCUGCACCAGCCGCUGCACAACGAGGACGUGUCCCGCGGCGGCAACGGCAUCUACGUCCGCUGGGACGGUCGCGAGUACAACUUGCACCACGUCUGGGACUCGUCCAUCGCCGAGAAGUGGAUCGGGGGAGUGCGCGGCAAGCCGUACCUCAUCGCCCAGCGCUGGGCCAACCAGCUGGCAGUCGAGAUCACCGACGGCAAGUUCACUGAAGAGAAGGAGGCCUGGCUUAAGGACCUCGAUUUCGACAAGCCCAUUGACACGGCCAUGGCGUGGUCCAGGGAGGCCAACGCGCUGGUCUGCACCCAUGUGUUGCCCGAAGGGCCCGAGGCAAUCGUGGGCAAGGAGCUCGGCGGCGAGUACUUUACCAAGGCCGGCCCCGUUAUCGAGAAGCAGGUCGCCCGCGCCGGGUUCCGGAUGGCGGCAUGGCUGGAUAUUAUCGCCGACAAGUAUCAGGCGGACGGGGUCGCGCAGCCGGCAAACGAAGAGUUGUAG